AUGACUACCGGUGCUAAUACAGAUCAAACACAAUGGCAUACAGUGACUUGUAGUAUUCAUACAUAUACAUUACCGAUACGAUAUCAAAACCCAGCUCAUAUUGCACAAGGAGCUUUUGGUUCUGUCAUUCGAGCGACUGAUACAGAAACAGGUAAACAAGUAGCUAUUAAGAAGAUGUUUAGCCCAUUUCAAACUCCAGAACAUGCAAAACGAACUUAUCGUGAACUUAAACUUCUCAUGCAUCUCAAUCAUCCGGAUGCACAAAUUGUGCAAAUAUAUAAUGUUUUUUCACCCGAACAGGAUGUAAAUCAGUUCCAAACAUUAUACUUCGUAUUUAAUUAUUGUCAUUAUGACUUGGGUAAAGUUAUUCGACGUGGUAUAGCAUUUACUGAAGACCAUAUUAAACAAAUAAUUUAUUCACUUUUUCGUGGUCUUAAGUUUAUGCAUUCAGCUGGUGUUAUUCAUCGCGACUUAAAACCAGCAAAUAUUGGAAUCGAUGAAAAUUCCAAUGUCUCAAUUCUUGAUUUUGGCUUAGCUCGUGUUUCAUCGGACGAUCUUCAAACUGGUUAUGUUUCUACGAGAUGGUGGCGGGCACCAGAAGUAUUUGUUCGCUGGGAACGUUAUAAUGAUAAGCUUGAUAUAUGGUCAGUUGGUUGUAUAAUGGCAGAAUUAAUCCUACUUAGUCCAAUAUUUCGCUCAGACGAUCAUAUAGAACAAUUAAAUAGAAUAUUCGACCUUAUUGGUACACCCGACUUGGCUACAUUAAAUGAAACAUGUACUCCAGUAGAAUUUCUUUAUAUUACACAAUAUAAUCAUAAUUAUACCGAAAAUAUUUUAGAAGCAAUAAAUUAUAUAAGUACAUUGCAACCUCGAGCACACGUCGAUUUUAAUCAGCUGUUCGGUUUCAGAUAUCAGUCGGGACAAGCAGCUCCAGUAUCUGGUGUUUCACCACAUGGUAUUGCUUUACUUGAUCGUCUGCUAACUUUUAAUCCUCGUUUACGUCCAUCUGCUGAAGAAGCAUUAGCUCAUCCAUUUUUCUCAGACCUUCAUGAUCCAGAGGAAGAACCAUCGGGAGAACCUGUGAUUGAUGAACAUCAAGACGCUAACCAGACUACGGCACAAUGGAAAUCUCUCAUUUGGUCAAUGAUUGAAAAUUUUCAACCACCAUCUUGGAUCAAUGAAGAUCUUGAUAAUAAUAUAUAA